GGCUCAUUCAGAGAGAACAUUUCAUUCGUCCGUUAAAAAUUCAGGGAGAGCUCCUCUUCUUAAUUCGAUCAGCGUCUCCGUGGUCCUCCUCGUUCGAGUGGUAGCAAUAAGUGACUCAAGAUGGGAAAGUCAUCGAAAGACAAGCGAGAUGCUUAUUAUAGGCUCGCCAAAGAGCAGGGCUGGCGAGCCAGAAGUGCUUUCAAACUCCUACAACUCGAUGAAGAGUUCGAUCUCUUUGCCAACGUGACGCGAGUGGUUGAUUUAUGUGCUGCGCCCGGUAGUUGGUCGCAGGUACUUUCGAGGGUCUUGAUCAAAGGCGAGAAGUUUGGCCGCACGGCGUGGGAAGACCGAGAAGCCAAAUUCCGCCAGCAAAUGCUCGGUGUAUUUGGGUUGCAGAAGUCGCCUACUUUGCCGGCGGUGGCUGAGACUAAACCAGACUUCGAAGAGUUGAAGCCACGCGAAAAUGUCAAGAUUGUGUCCAUCGACCUACAGCCAAUCAGUCCUCUGCCUGGCAUCGUCACACUCAGAGCCGAUAUCACUCAUCCUGCGACAGUGCCCCUGCUACUGAAAGCAUUAGAUUCUGAAUAUGAUUCAAAGAUCAUGUCACAGCAGGCUGCUCACCCCGUCGACUUGGUCCUCAGUGAUGGUGCCCCUGAUGUGACCGGAUUACAUGACCUGGACAUUUACGUGCAGUCGCAGCUACUGUUUGCUGCCCUGAACUUGGCUCUCUGUGUUCUCAAGCCGGGCGGCAAGUUUGUUGCCAAGAUCUUCAGGGGCAAGAACGUUGAUGUAUUAUAUGCUCAGCUCAAGAUAUUCUUCGAACAAGUCCAUGUUGCGAAGCCUAGAUCAUCACGGGCUAGCAGUGUCGAGGCAUUCAUAGUCUGCCUGAACUUCCAACCUCCUAAAGGAUUCUCGGCAAGCCUCGAGGAGCCCCUAGGCGUCGGGUUUCGGCUUAACAAGAUGACUGACCAAAACUUGCAAAGUCUCCCACUUACUGCACCUACUCUAAUGCAAAACCCGACAACGGGGGCUUGGGAUAGCACCCCUCAUUACGUCCAAGUCACUGAUGAACACGGAAUUACUGAAAUUGAGUUCGAAGAUCAUCGUCAACACCAUGAGAAAGACAUAAGGUGGAUUGCACCCUUCAUUGCUUGUGGGGAUCUAUCGGCAUUCGAUUCAGAUGCUUCUUAUCGUUUGCCGCCAGAUCAUGUGCCCCUCGACCCCAUACAACCGCCAACUGCGCCGCCUUACAAGCGCGCCAUAGAACUGCGACGAGCUCAUGGCGGCGCGUACGGAAAGACGAGCGCAAAAGUGUGAAUCAGGGGCUUUCAGCGUGACUCCAAUUAGUGCGAUACAGCACCCGGUCCUUUGAUCAUUCCAAUAGCUAACCCUCCCUCGCCCACGACCCAA